ACAGAAGAAUACAAACCUAUCCAAACGAUUGACCCAACAUGGUAUAGCACAAUCACAACAAAGAUUACACCUCUCGAAUUAGAGACUACAAUCAAAGAAGCACCCAAUAUAAAGGCCACCGGACUCUCAAAGAUAUCAAAUGAAAUGUUAAAACACCUAGGCCCUUGA